CCAUUCUUUCCGCUUCGUGACUGUGAUGAACGAACGCUAGUUGGGAUAAGUGUGCAUGUAGGAGAAGGAAGGAGAAGAAGAAGAAGAAGAAGAAGAAAAGAAGAAGAAGAAAAGGGUCUUGUUGCAUUCGUGAUGAUGGUGGAAGCCAAACAUAGACGAAUGUGUUCUCUAUUUAUUGUGGUAAUUUUGUUGAUGAGCAUACAUAACUGCCAUUGCACUCAAUCUGAUAUAGACUGCCUGAAAUCCCUGCAACAAUCUUUAGACGACCCCAACAACUCUUUGGCGUCCUGGAAAUUUCAGAACAAUUCAGAAGGAUACAUCUGCAACUUCGUUGGUGUAGAGUGUUGGCACCCAAACGAGAACAGAAUCCUCAACAUAAGACUGUCCUCCAUGGGCCUCCAAGGGCCGUUCCCCAUUGGUCUAGCGAAGUGUACCAGCAUGACAGGGUUGGAUCUUUCAGACAACCAGCUUUCGGGGCCCUUGCCCACUGAUAUUUCACAUUAUGUGGGAGUAUUGACUGCAUUAGACCUGUCCAAGAACAAGUUUACUGGUGAACUCUCCGAUGAUCUUAAGAAUUGUGUUUAUCUCAACGUUCUCAAGUUGGAUGGCAACCAGUUAACCGGCGAAAUUCCCAGUGGAAUUGGGCAGCUAAGGCGGCUCAAGACUUUCAGCGUUGCAGGUAACAAAUUAACGGGGAAUAUUCCUCCAUUCGCGAACCCUCAACCUCCUGAGAAUUUUGCAAAUAAUGAAGGGCUCUGCGGGUCUCCCUUAGCAAAAUGUAACUCGAAGAAGCAAACCCGUGUUAUAGAUUCUAGAGCUCUUGGUGUAUUCCUCUUCAUUUUUCUGCUCUUUGUCAUUGUUUUGAUGCUGGUUUGCUCAUUUGUUUGGUUGAUCUAUAAGAAGUAAGUACAAAUUUUGAAUA